GAGAGAGAGAAGUGGCGUACAUUCACAUGGUAAUGAUGGGGCAAGAGAGAGGCAGAGGCAGAGAGAGAGAGUGUGCUGCAUGAGAGCUGUAUGAGUGGAUACAGUGCUGUGCUGUAUGAGUGAGAGUGCAGGAGGUAUUGCUUCUGCUUGGGCUCAAGAAAAGAGAAACACAGCUCUGAAAUAGCAGUAAUUACCUCUUUUUUCACUCGCCUGAUGUGUGAAUCUGGCCGGCUAAAAGACAUCCACCGAAACGGUUGACAUUUCUCAGUGGCUGAAAUAGUCUGAAGUGGACGGACCGAGGCAAGAGGAGAGCGGAGAGCGAGCGAAAGGGUGAAAGAAAGCGAGGAAGAGGACUGGGUCGCCUCGAGAAUGCUGCAGACCAUCUAUGAGAGCGACACCCGCAUCCCCGCUGAGUGGCUGAGGACCAUACUGGACACGCAUAGCAUCUCCAGCACUGUGAUUGACUCAGGUUCAGAGGUGUUGUCGCCGGUGAGCAGGUCUGAGGUCAGCAUGCCGGAGUGGGAGCGGGACUCGGACGAGUGGGAGAGGCAGCUGCAGAGGGAGCUGUUACUGAUCCAGAGGCAGCAGCAGAUCCAGAAGCAGCUGCUCAUCUCCGAAUUCCAGAAACAGCACCAGGCCCUGCUGCGGCAGCACCAGGCUCAACUACAGGAGCACAUCAAGCUCCAGCAAGCUCUUCUGACCCUUCGGCAGCAGCAGGAGGCACUGGCUGAGGAGCAUAGGCCGGAGGAGGAGGAGGAGGAGAAAGAGGAGGUGCAGGGAGAGGAACUGGAACGCAACAAGAAGGAGCAGCAGCACCUCAACCAGAGAAAGAAGGAGCGCUCCAAAGAGAGUGCUAUGGCCAGCUCAGAGGUGCGGCAGAAACUGCACGACUUCCUAUUGAGUAAAUCGGCUAAAGAUGGGUCUCCUUCCGGCCACCCCCUCAACCAGCACUCCAAACUUUGGUACAUCACCAGCCAGCACAUGUCCUUGGAGCAGAAUUCACCUCCAUUAGGAGAGAUGCCUCCAAAAUUCAAGUCCCCUCUGCCCUCUGGCCUGGACACCCGGGAGGACUUCCCCCUCAGGAAGACGGCGUCUGAGCCCAAUCUGAAGGUGCGUUCCCGGCUGAAGCAGAAGGUCUCAGAGCGGAGGAAUGGCCCCAUGCAGCGCCGCAGAGACGGCAGUGUGCUCGUCACGCCACCCAAAAAACGCUCUCUGGAGCCAAGCGAUUCCUCAGCCAAUGACAGCUCUCCUAGCUCUGGCCCCAGCUCUCCUAUUGGCUUAUGCAGUAAUGAGAACGGGGCGUCCUACAGGCCCAGUGCUGCCCAGUUAGAGAAGUAUUUGCCGCAGAGUGGAAUCAUGAAGGCAGAUGGCUCCAUGGCUCUGCUGAACCUCUACACUUCACCAUCCCUGCCCAACCUCACCUUGGGUCUGCAUUCUGGAGCUUCUCCAAUCAGUUCUACCACAUCUUUAAAGGGGCAUGCAGGAGAGGUGGUGGCCGGGCAGCCUGUUAGUGGGGUACCAGCUGUCUGCCGCGAGGCGAAAGUCAACAGCAGCCACCAGGCCCUGCUGCAGCACCUGCUGCUGAAGGAGCAGAACAGACAGCAGAAGAUGCUCUCGCCCGGCAGUGUCUCUGUCCUGCCGCAGUCUCCCCUAGUGAUGAAGGAGCGGUCAGGAGGAGGUGCUCGCUCCAGGUUGCCACGGCACCGCCCUCUGAACCGGACACAGUCGGCGCCGCUGCCCCAGAGCAUGCUGGCCCAGCUGGUCCUUCAGCAGCAGCACCACAACUUUGUGGAGAAGCAGAAGCAGUAUCACCAGCAGGUCCACAUCAACCAGAUGCUGUCUCAGUCCAUCGAGCAGCUGCGGAACCCCACUGCCCACCUAGAGGAGGACGAGGAAGGAGUGUCGGGGGCGGAGGCCAAAGGCCAGGAGCUCACACUGCCCCCUGCUGGAGUCAUCCGCACUCACAGCAGCAGCAGCAGCCGAUUAGAGAAUGGCACGCAGACGGAGGCACCUCCUGCUCAGGUGGGGGUGAUCAGAGUGAAGGAAGAGCCGCUGGAGUCGGAGAGCAGGAUGGAAGAAGAAAGAAGAGGAGACGGAGGAGCAGUGAGAAGGAGGAAUGAGGGGAUGAAAGCAAGUGAAGAGCAGCUGAAGGAUGCUGCACUGCUGCAGGUCAAGACUGAACAAUGUGCAGAGAGCAUGACAGAGACUGAUGUGUGAGGUAGAGAGAGAGUAACAGAGUGAGAAAAAAAGAGAGAGAGAGAGAGUAAUAAAAGAAGAGAAAGGAAAAGAGAGGGAUAAAUGGUAAAGAGAGAAAGAGAGAGCUACAACAUUCUAAGAAUAUGAGAAUGAACUGGACAUUACUGGACAUAACUGUAAACAAGGUUACCUGAAAGAAGAACACCUUUUUGGCCCAGUGUUGUCUCAAUGUCUUUGCUUUCUUGUCUUUUUAACUCCUUCCUUUUCUUUAUCCAGAGAUGACGAGGGCAUGGGUCCUAAAGCUAUAGUAAUUUGAAGGGGUAGUUCAGUGAAAAAAACAAAUGUACACAAUUUAAAUAGUCAAUCUGCCAAGAGAUUUUUGGUGUCUGAUGUUUGCUUCUUUAGUUUUGUACUGGAUCUAUGAGGCUAAUGUGGCUGUGAUGUAAUGACGGUCAGUUUUGAUUUUUUAUUUAGAAGAUGUUUCAGAAGCUUUUUAAUGGUCUUUUAUAUGAUAUAAUUCAUGCUUAACACGAUGUAAGCUAAAAGGGCCAAUUUUGACUUUUAAAACAUACUUUUAGUUUGAAAAUGUUUUUCUAUUCCGAUUGAGGUUUAUACAUGGACAUAUUCUAUUCUGAUUGUGCUAGUAAUCGGAUUAUCAAUGGAUGGAUCAGGCUAUAUGUAAACAUGGCUAGUGUUAUUGAUUAUAUUGAUUAGUUGAAGGCCUAUCAUGAGCUGCAUGUUGCUCGAGUCUAAAACUACAAAAUUGCAUUCAUUUGAUUUUUGACCAAACUCUCACUUUGACUGUAAUUGUCAGUGCUGUGCUGAUAAUCCCCUGUGACCUUUGUUUCACCCCGUACUCUUCUCUCUCUGUCAGACAGGGAGCAGUGACACUGACACAUGCAUCGCUAUCAUCCACAGAUUAAUGCAAUUGUGCUCUCUCUCUCUCUCUCUCUCUCUCCUUUGCCUACUUUUCUGUGUAUAUUGUUGCGUGUAAUAUAGAAAAGCUAUGACCACCAAGAUAUUACUUUCACUAGGACUACCACAGAGACAAAACCAGCCAUAGUCCAGAUGCAGAUGGACACUCACUGAAAACUUUCCACCUCGUCUCCUUGUGUGAUCACUCUUGAUAGCGAGCUUUUCAGGUGUUUGUUUAAAUGUACAUAUGCCGUAUGAACAGGGCUGAGAAGGCUGUUCGGUUGUUUUCUUUUCUUCCCAUUUUAUGGAUCUUAACGUAGUCCAUCUGUGAUGUCAUGUGCAUUCUGCCAAGCACAUUUGCCUUCGCGUAAAAUGCCGUGAAAAAGUAUUUGCCUCCUCCUGACUUACUCUGUUUUUGCACGUAUGUUGUACCCUUUUGGGGAGUGUGAAAAAGGGUACAAAGUACCCCGGUAACUGAUUGUGCCUUCUUGAUCAGCAGCGGACACUUUGCUACGAAGGAAUAUUGCUUCUGUUCAGCCACAUUAGAGGGUUUAUUUAAAUUACGCUUACAUUCAAACUGAGCUUGCAAUAAUCAACCCUGGGUGUGUCUAGUUUAUUUGUUCCCAGUCAUCAUUACUUUUUCACACCGAGCCAUAAAUGAUCAUUUAAUAACUGUGUUUUGUGUUUACUCAGUUUAUCUUUCUCAUAACCCUUUAAAUAUUUAAAUCAGGCUAAUUACCUACUAAGGCUUACUAUUGAGUAAUUACAGGAACGUCAGUGAAAACUUGUUGAGCUAUUCUUAUAGUAGUGUGUAAUAAACUUUGGGCCUGCUGGCGGGCCCUGGCCAUUUAAGGGGUUAAUAUUAAAUUUAGUCUCGUGAUCUGAAACACUGAAGCAUAUGCAAAAGCAAGCAAUCAGGAGGGGGCAGGUACUUUAUGCUGUCAAACCUACUAGUUCACCUGACAAUAAAGGAAUCCAAGCUGUUUUUUCCUGUUUCUCACAUUUCCUAAUCACUAGUGAUAGGAUAUAAGUACAGAGUGCCAUGUGCGUUCUGGGUGCAGGUGUGCAGUUGCUGCGUUUGAUUAAUCUAGACACUGGGACUGUUGUUGAAAACGAAACUUUGCUGUUUAUUUUAAAAUAUAAUUAAACUGAUCUCAUCCAUCAAAUGAUUGGUGUGAGCAGCAUGUGUGAAACAGUAUGAGGGAUUGAUGUAUAGCUCAAGUCACUGGAUUAAAAGGAUGGUUUGGCUUCGUUUUUCCAACUAAACACUGAUUUCCCAGUCUGUAUUGAGCAAAAUGUUACAACUGCAAGUCCCAGCCUAAAAUUGUCUGACUUCUUACAUAUGUUCUCAUCAGUUGGGCAGUUUUCCAAGAGGUCCAUUCAACACCUAUUAUUAAUAUAAAGCCAGUUUUGUUGCAGAUAUGUAUACAAUGAUUUGAAUGGAGUUCUAACAUUGCAAAUGUACAGAGCUGUGGCUGAUUUCCUAAAAAUUGACAAAGUCAUAGCCCAUUGAGAAAGUGUUUUUAAUUAAAUGAAUGCCCAGGAUGCCGCCCAUCCCCCUGUCCUGCACUGUGACAUAAUCAAAGAUCAGAUAGUGCUUUACAAGCAUUUUGAUGGAAGAUUUCAGGAAAACAAGUGUGUCUUUUAAAUGAUAUAAUCCUUGCGUAGGAUCAACUUUGUCUUUUAAAACAUAUACCAGGGACUUUGAACUUGAAAUUAGCAUAUUAGCUGAGCCUUCUAUUGCAGUCUGUGACAAGUUACAUUGUUUCAUAGCUGAAUACUGUUCAGGUCACUAAAUUAAGGGACUAUGAUUUGCAACACUGACCCACCAAUAUGAACAGUUGACAUUUAGCAUGAAAAUUCUUGACCAUUCUUUUAAUCUCUUAGUGGACUUGGGUUCUGGACACAGAGAAAAGAUGCUGUUACCUUGUGCUGUUUGUUUAGCCUUGUGUUGUAUGUUUGUUCACUUAUCUUUUCUAACAAAAUAAAGUUCCCUUCUGUGCAUUGAUA